AUGGUUAAGAAUCUCGGUCUUUAUUAUGAGAAAAUUGAUGCAUGUCCAAAUGAUUGCAUGUUGUUUAGGAAUGAUCAUAAGGAUGAUGAAUUUUGUCAUACUUGCGAAGCUUCACGAUAUAUUAAAAAUCCUGAAGUUGAUAGUGAGGGGCCUUCUAAAAAAUCACAUCGAGUUUCAGCAAAGACUUUGAGACUCUUUCCAUUAAUUCCUAGACUCAAAAGGUUAUUUAUGUGCUCAAAGACGGCAGAUUCUUUGAGGUGGCAUGACGAGGAGCGUUCUAAAGAUGGAAAGUUAAGGCAUCCUGCAGAUGGUCAAGCAUGGAAAGAUUUUGAUAGGUUGCAUCCAGAUUUUUCACUAGAUUCUCGCAAUGUGAGACUUGGAUUAGCAAGUGAUGGGUUCAAUCCAUUUCGAACCAUAAGUAUAUCUCAUAGCACAUGGCCAAUUAUGUUAAUGGCAUAUAAUCUGCCGCCUUUGAUGUGCAUGAAAUCUGAAUAUUCUAUACUUUCUUUACUUAUACUUGGGCCACGAUCACCUGGAAAUGACAUUGAUAUUUACUUACAACCAUUGAUAGAUGAGUUAAAAUUAUUGUGGGAUUCUGGGGUUGAAACAUAUGAUGCUUCAAGAAAUCAAACUUUUCAAAUGCGAGCAGCUCUUAUGUGGACAAUUAAAGACUUUCCUGCAUAUGCUAUGUUGUCUGGAUGGAGUACAAAAGGAAAGUUUGAUUGCCCUUGUUGUAAUUAUAACAAUAAUUCUCGCUAUCUUAAGCAUAGUCGGAAAAUGUGUUAUAUGGAUCAUCGUGUUUUUCUACCCAUGGAUCAUCCAUGGAGAUCUAACGAAAGAUCUCUCAAUGGAAAAACUGAAUUCAGGCCUCCUCCACCUUCAUUAAAAGGAACUGCUAUGCUUAAUAGCUUACAAGAUUUUGAAAAUGUGUUUGGAAUGAAGAGAAAGAGAUCAAAUGAUGGCCUAUGGAAACAAAGGUCAAUAUUUUUUGAAUUACCUUAUUGGCAUCACAACUUGUUACGCCACAACCUUGAUGUAGUGCACAUAGAGAAGAACAUAGUUGAUAGCAUACUUGGAACUCUUUUGGAUAUUCCUGGCAAAACGAAGGAUCAUGCAAAAGCCCGAUAUGAUUUGAAAGAGAUGGGAAUUAGAAAGAAUCUUCAUCCAAAAGAUACUGGACAUAAUAAGAGAACAAAGUUUGCAAAAGCUUGCUUCUCAAUGACAAAUGGAGAGAAAUCAAUUUUUUGUGGAGUUUUAAAGACAGCCAAGCUACCUGAUGGCAGUGCCUCCAAUAUAUCUAGGUGUGUGCAACUGGAUGAAAGAAAAUUGUCUGGUUAUAAGACCCAUGAUGCUCAUUUCAUGUUACAUUACUUGCUUCCAAUACCAAUUAAAAGCAUCCUUCUAGAUCAUGUGGCUAUUGCUUUGAUUCGUCUAUGUUCCUUCUUCCAACGUUUGUGUCAAAAAGUUAUCACAUUGGAGGAACUAGAUUGCUUAGAAGUAGAGAUCAGAGAAACAAUAAAUCAGUUGGAGCGAAUUUUUCCUUCGUCAUUUUUUGAUAUAAUGAUUCAUUUGGCGAAUGAAGUGAGAUUAGGUGGUCCAGUUCAGAACCGAUGGAUCUAUUCCACUGAAAGAGAAAUGGGUACAUUCAAAUCAUAUAUCCGCAACAGAUGUUAUCCAAAAGGUUGCAUAGUAGAGGCAUGUGUGGGAAUAGACUUCAUGAAUUUAUUUUCUAGAUAUCUGGAUAGGGCUGUACAAACCAGAUUUAACAGAAGAGCUAGAAAUAAUGAUGAAUGUGAUCCAAGUGAUGCAGAAACAGUGAAUUUGUUUCCUAAAAAGGGAUGUCCUUUAGGAUCGAAGAAAACUGAUCCAUUUAUUUUAGAUAACAAGACACUAAGUCAGGCACAUGCAUACUUAUUGGGAAAUUGUGAUGAGAUUCAAGAAUAUAUUAGAGGACCAAAUUCUGUUGCUAAAAGAUACUCUGGGUAUCUCAUUAAUGAAUCCAGAUUUCGUAUUAGGCAGCGUGAUGCAAGGCGUAAAACACAAAAUAGUGGUGUUACACUUGUUGCCUCAACUACGAGCUUUGCAAGCUCAAAGGAUAAGAACCCGAUUGCUGCAAAUUUGACUUAUUAUGGUAGAAUAGUUGAUAUAGUCGAGUUAGACUAUUAUAGUCAUUUCAAGGUUGUUUUGUUUAAGUGCGAUUGGUAUGAGGUUGAAAAAGAUAUUUAUGGACUUACUUAUGUCUAUUUUAACAAGAGAUGCUCUCAGGAAGAGCCUUUUGUUCUUGCAUCUCUAGUACAUCAACGCUUCUAUGUGCAAGAUCCAUAUGAUCAAGAUAUACAUUAUGUUAUGAAGACUGUUCCGAGAGACUUGUUUAACUUGAGUGAUGAAUUUGAACAUAAUCUCCCAAAAAGUUAUGAAAAUGAGUUGUCUGAACACUUGAUGGGACCAUUCAUACCAGAAGAUGAUGGUGAAAUUCCUUUAGUAAGGACUGAUGUACCAGAAACUGUUAUUGAUGUGCCUUCGGAGGAAUUUGUUACUCAACAACUUGAGGUCGAGUAUGAAAAGGAGUUUGAAGAUGAGUCUGAAGAAGAGUUUGAAGAUGAGUUUGAAAAAGAGUGUGAAGAUGGGUCUGAAAAUGAGUAUGAAGACGAUUCUGAAGAUGAUUCGGAAGAUGAGUCUAAAGACGAGUUUGAAGAUGACACACCAUGA